GGUUGUUUGCCUUGGGUGUAAAGAGCUGACUUUGAGGGACGAUCUCCAACAAAGAAUGAAAGAACUUAAUCCCUUUUGGGAGGCUACUGCAAGUGGGCAUGCACCUGAUGGAGACACCUUUCUCUCAGAUGAUGAAGUCAAGGAUUUUGCUGUUCCCACUUGUGUUAACUGUGGUGGCAUACUUAAGCCUCAUGUUGUAUUUUUUGGUGACUCAGUACCUAAACCAAUGGUGUCAUUUAUUCAAGAACGAUUACAGGAAUCUGAUUCAGUUUUAAUCAUAGGAUCUUCAGUUGAAGUGUAUUCGUCAUAUCGCUUUGCUGAUGCUGCCUGGCGGCAAAGUAAGCCUAUAGCAAUUUUGAAUAUUGGUGCAACAAGGGCUGAUAAGAUAGCCUCAGUCAAAUUGUCAGCCAUUGCUGGAGAUGUUUUACCAAGACUUAAAAUACUGUCCCAUGUUUUUACUCUCAACUGUACCUGAGAAUUCAUAGACCUGAUAAUAUUUUCUCUCUAAAAUGUAGCCUGCAUUGUAGGUGUUUGGAAUGAUCAUGAGCAAGAUCCAUGUGCACACUGAUCCUACUCAUUUGCUGGGUUAACCCUUAAGCUCCCAGAAGUGAUUGACACAUAACUUAUCCUUAUAAUAUCCAGCCAUUAUCCAGCACAGGAACUGAGAAUAUUCAACUAAUCAGGUAGAAGUUAUCUUGAUCUAACACCAAAUUCUUGUAACUCAUUUAAAAGGAAACAUGUAGCAUCAAGGCGGAGAGAAUUAACAAUCACAUCUUGAGAGUUGAGGGGUGAAUGGAACACCUGCUCUGCUUGCCAUAUGAAAUACCAAUCACUUCAAAUUCAAACUACUUGACUCUAUAAAUAUUUAUUAUCUCAUUAAGUCUGAACUU